UAAUUCAAAAAUAAAUGAAAAUAAUUAAUAUUGUUACAGUUGCAAGCUUAUUUGCUCAUGAUCGACGAUAUACUGGACCAAUCGUCACUUCGCCGAGGCCAACCAUGUUGGUAUCGAUGCAACGAUCUAGGUUUAGCGGCAGUCAACGACAGUUUAAUAUUACAGUGCGCAAUGUUUUAUCUAAUUCGAAAGUACUUCAAAGGAAAAGAAUGCUACGUUAAUCUAUUAGAAACGUUCCAUGAUAUCACAAUGAAGACUGUGAUAGGGGAAUCCUUAGAGUUGCUCACUAAUUUCAGCAAGAAGCCCAAUCUGGAUCUGUUUACGAUGAAUCAAUAUAAUGCCAUUAUCGAGUACAAAACGUCAUAUUAUUCAUUUCUUUUGCCAGUAACCGCAGCGAUGCAUUUAGCCGGAAUGAAGGAUCCAGAGAUGUUCAGGCAAGCGAAAAUCAUCUUGUUAGAGAUGGGGAACUUGUUUCAAAUCCAAGAUGAUUAUUUGGGUUGCUUUGGAGAUCCCGACGUCUAUCACAAGGAUGAUACUGAUAUCCAGGAGGGAACAUGUACGUGGCUGGCUGUUGUAGCUCUCCAACGUGCAACCCCAGAACAGCGUAAAAUUUUGGAAGAGUGUUAUGGAGUUUCGGAUCCGGAGAAAGUAAGACGCGUGAAAUCGCUCUACACUGAUCUGGGCAUACCAAAAAUUUAUUCUGUAU